GUCAAUUAAGCAGUCCGUUCCUUCCAUUCGCUUCGCUUUCCUCUUUUUCUAGACUCUUCUUUUCCUCUAUAUCUUCCUAUCCAUCGCUCUUUCUGUGUGCAAGGCAUCUAUGGCAUCCGAUCUGGAAAUCAAGGCUAAGGAAGCCUACAUCGACGACCACUUUCAGCUCGCCGCCGAGCUCUACACCCAGGCCAUCGAGCAAAACCCUCAAAGCGCUGAGCUCUUCGCUGAACGAGCCCAAGCCAACAUCAAACUCAACUGCUUCACUGAGGCUGUUGCUGAUGCAAACAGAGCGAUUGAGCUGGAUCCUUCAUUGUCAAAAGCAUUCUUGCGCAAAGGCACUGCAUGCAUCAGUCUUGAGGAAUAUCAGACUGCCAAGGCAGCCUUGGAAACAGGUGCAUCUCUGGCACCGGGAGAUCAAAGAUUCACUAAGUUAAUCCAACAAUGUGAUCAGUGCAUUGCAGAGGAAAUCGAUGUUACACCAAACCAAUCAUCAGAGAAACCGAUCCCAACAAAUGAUGCAUCUGCAGAUGUUGAUGCAUCUGCAGAUGUUGAUGCAUCUGCAGAUGUUUUUGCAUCUACAGAUGUUCAGCCUGUUGAUGAACUUGCCAAUCCGGUGACAGUAGCUACAGCCAAACCAAAGUAUAGGCAUGAAUUCUACCAAAAGCCAGAGGAAGUGGUUGUGACUAUUUUUGCUAAGGGCAUACCGGCUAAUAAUGUUUCUGUUGACUUUGGUGAACAAAUUCUGAGUGUUACAAUUGAUGUGGCUGGAGAAGAAGCGUAUAUUUUUCAACCUCGCUUAUUUGGAAAGAUAGUAACUUCCAAGUGCAGAUAUGAUGUUUUGUCUACCAAAAUUGAAAUUCGCCUUGCAAAAGCUGAACCAAUACAGUGGGCAUCUCUAGAAUUCAGCAAGGAAAUUACAGUUCCACUAAGGUCAAAUGCCUUAGCUAUUGGACCUCCAAGACCUUCAUACCCAUCCUCAAAACCAAAGAGGACUGAUUGGGACAAGCUUGAAGCUGAAGUGAAGAAGGAGGAGAAAGAUGAAAAGCUUGAUGGUGAUGCUGCUUUAAACAAAUUCUUCCGGGACAUAUAUGCAGAUGCUGAUGAGGACACCAGAAGGGCCAUGAGAAAAUCUUUUGUUGAGUCAAAUGGGACAGUGCUUUCUACGAACUGGAAAGAAGUGGGUUCAAAGAAGGUUGAGGGAAGCCCUCCUGAUGGUAUGGAGAUGAAGAAAUGGGAAUACUAGGAGAAGAUACAUUGUAAUUUAUGUUUGUGAUUUUGUUCCAUGUGCCUUUUUAGACAUUUCCCUUUCAACCUUAAAUUGGUCUGGUUGCUUGGUUGUGCAUUAAUGUCUAGACUAAUCUGGAAUUCGAGGAGACUCGUCAUUUCUUCCUUUUGGUGUGUAUUUUACUAGUUAUGCUGAAGGCUGACAUUAAUAUAAUUCCAGUGGAUGGACCUGUUUUGCUCGUA